GGCAAGUUGCUCGUCGCGAAGAGAACCGCUUGCUCUGCACCAGCAUUAUCUGAACAUCACAACUGCAAUAAUGGCCUCUAUUCAAAGCGUCCAGACCUUCGGCAAGAAGAAGUCUGCCACCGCCGUCGCCUACGCUAAGGCCGGCAAGGGCCUCCUCAAGGUCAACGGUUCCCCCAUCCAGCUCGUCCAGCCCGAGAUCCUCCGCUUCAAGGUCUACGAGCCCCUCCUCAUCGUCGGCCUCGACAAGUUCGCCAACAUCGACAUCCGCGUCCGGGUCACCGGUGGUGGCCACGUCUCGCAGAUCUACGCCAUCCGCCAGGCCAUCGCCAAGGCCAUCGUCGCCUACCACCAGAAGUACGUCGACGAGCAGAGCAAGAACGAGCUCAAGAAGGCUUUGAUUGCUUACGACCGUACCCUCCUCAUCGCUGACUCGAGACACCCCGAGCCCAAGAAGUUCGGUGGUCCUGGUGCUCGUGCCCGUUACCAGAAGUCGUACCGUUAAGCGGUGGUCUGCUUGGUGCUGGGUGCUGUUUCUAUAUAUAUAUUUUGUAUUAUGAUUCAUAAUUUGCAAUAAAAGUUUUAGGGUCAAUAAUUCCUG